AUGGGCAGCGGUGGGUCCACUCUGGAUGUCAGAAAGCGCAUCGACGAGCUGGAGAAGCAUUGCGCAGGCAAAAAGAUAGGCAGUGGCAAAGAUGAGCUCGAUGACAUCCUGCAGUGUUCCAAGGAGCUGGUGAAUAUCAUGGACGAGGUGGCAUCUGCGAGUUCACCAGACCUGGCACUCAUCGACCGGCUCGGUAGUCUCAGCGAAAUCAUAUUCUGCAACUUGGAUAGCCGAAUUUGUGUGCAGCUGCUUCAGCUGGAAGAUGCAGCAGAUGUUCGAAAGACUCUGGCGGAGAUCGCGCAGAACAUCGACAAGGUGCGCGCCACCCCGGUGGCAGAUCGACUGGAGGCAAAGUGGCAGGAGACCGAGAAGGCUCAAUUAGUCCAGCACGUCAAAGAGAUUGCAGAGAUCGUCAAGGGCACCAGCGAGCUCACGAAGCUGAUCGAGGCCCUUGUGUCCAUCAAUACAAAGCUGGAGGCGUUGCCUGGUGCCGUACCAAAGGACGUUGCAGAGAAGGCGCUGGCACAGUGUGCUGGAUUCUCCAGCGCCAAGUUGCAGAAAGGUUUCCCGGGGCUGCUCCAGAAGGAGGGCCUCCCUAUUCUUGAGCAGCUGCAGGCGCCGGCCGCGUGCUUCGACGCCCACGGGGCGCGCCUGGCCGCCUGCGCGGAGGCCACCUGGGAGCCGUUGGCCCCGCAGCUGGUCAGGCUCACGGCCCAGGUGAGUUCGCAUAUGGUGAAGUUGCAGAUGCAGCAGGCUGUGGCGGAGCUGGCGCAAGAUAACUUUGACGCAGCCAUCGCUGCGCUCCAAACCCUACAGAACUGGUGGCCGCAUUCCGAAGGAAGCGACGACCGGCCAGGGCUGCAGGAGAGCAUCGCCAAAGUCUUCGCCCUUGCUGAAGAGCGGGUGCUUGCUGCAGGUGACCUCCCUGAGGUGGCGGGACAGCUGGACGCGAUGGGCGCCUCGCUGGGCCUCGACCCCAAGCUCGCAGAGCACCUGGCGGCGCGCAGCGUCGCCGCGCCGCUGGGUUGCUUCGAGGAAGAGCUGAAGAAGGAUGACAAGAAUCUGCAGACCCUGACGUCUGCGGCGCAAGAGCUGGCAGCUGUGGCAGAAAAGAUUCCGGCGGAGGAAACUGAUCGGGUCCAGAGCUUGCUGACGAGCUUGGAAGAGCACUUGCUGCAAAAGUGCCAAGAGGUGCUGAAGAGCCCUGACCUGGCGCAAGUCUUGCAAGCUGCACAAGGCUACGAUGAAGCACGACCUAAAAUGACGCCGCCUUUGCCAGAAGCGACUGCUUUGCUACCAAGGGUGCAGGAGCAGGUGGGCAUGAGCAGCCUGCAGCAAGCGAAGGAGGAGCUUGCCAAAGAUCAUGGCUUGAACCCGGCUUGGGUCCUCGAGUGCGUGAAGCGAGUUGACCUCUCAGUAUUGCCAGAAGAGGCGGCGACUUCGCUGCGGGAGAUCUCGGCGAAGACCUGCGAGCGCAUGACGGAGUCCUUUCGAGAAGCACUGGCUGAGGGCCAAGAGGCAAAGACGAAGGGCCUGCGAAGCUUCGCUGAGAGCUUCGACACGGCGGUGAGCAAGGCGUCCGAGUCGAAGGGUUCCGACAGCUUCGAGAGAGACGAGAUCCAAAGAAAGCUGAAGGAAAUUGAGGCAGAGAAGACGGCUGCACAUGCUCCGGAGGAUGAAGCUCCUGCAGAGGAGGAGACUCCGGCCGCAGAUGAAGAGACACCGGCCGCAGAUGAGACACCAGCUGCAGAAGAGGAGACACCAGCAACAGAAGAGGAGACACCAGCAGCAGAAGAUGAGACACCAGCAGCAGAAGAGGAGACACCAGCAGCAGAAGAGGAAGCACCAGCAGCAGAAGAGGAAACACCAGUGGCAGAAGAUGAGACACCAGCGGCGGAGGAUGAGGUACCCAGCGAGGCAGCUUCGAAAGUGGCAGAGAUGGAGCAGAUGCUCGAGCAAGAGAGCGGCAUGAAUCCAAACGUGAUCCUGAAGAACUUGACGGACCUCGCGGCGCUUUGGCCACUGCCGCCGCUGCUGGGCCGCCUGGGCGCCGUGCUGACGAAGCUGCAGGGCCGCAUGGCCAGCGCCUGCGCCAGCGCCUCCGCGGAGGAUCAGGAGGCCAAGCUCAAGGCCUUGCUGGCCUUCGCCCACAAGGUCCACGAGUUGCAGCAGUCUAUGGACAGCUGCGCGCCCCAGUUCCUCUUUGCUGUGUGUUCCGCUGGGGCGGAUCAGGACCUCAAGGACGCGGAGACGGAGCUGGCAAAGGAGAGCGGCAUGAAUCCCAUGUUGGUGCUCAAAAACAUCCGCAAUCUGAAGCUCUACUGGCAGGCCUUGGGCUCUGAUGCCGAAUCGCUACACACGCGCCUGGGGGCCAUGUGUGACCUGAUGCGAUCACGGAUCACGGCUUCCUAUGAGCAGAACGAAGAGAAACGACCCAACCUCUUGAAGUUUUCAGCGGCGUUUGACGCGGCCAUCACAGGCCUGGAGGGCGCGGGGGAGCCCAACCUGGCGGCGAAGCUCAGCGGCUGA